AUGGCGGACGUGAUGGAGGUCGACCAGCAACCACAAAUUCAAGAACAGCAACCCACUAAUGGUCGCCAGGAUACACCCCCUCAUCCAUCGAUUCCUCUGAGUGAACCCGAGUCGGAUUCCAUCGCUCGCAUUCGCACAAGAAAGCGCAAGCUCGACGACGCUCUCCUCACUCUCGACGAUGCUGUGAACACUCGUCAGCACGAAGACCCUUUUUCUGCGACAAGCAUCUCCACCGCACCCCCCACCAAGCGGCCCCACAUUGCCCACUCCCUCUAUGCGACCCUCGCCAAGUACGGUAUCCGGUCCAAGCAGCAGACCCACCAACCUCAAGCCUCCUCAUCCUUCCUUGACAUUUCCAAGUCCGCCCCUCACCUCUCCGCUAUCCUCUCCCGUGCAGCCUCCCGUGCCGGAUUACGCACUUUCCCGGCUCCAUCCGCCACUUCAUCCGUAUCAGCUGCUAGCUUUCGCUCUCCUUCCGCUGCAAACGCGAUAAGCAGUGGCCGAGGCCCCUCGUCCGUGUUUGCACCCGCGAUCACUGCCGAAUACCGACCUUCAUCGCUCGACUCGCUUCUUGCACGCCUUGCGACGUUCAAGCUUGCGACAUAUCCGAGUAAACCGACUCAAAUUGAUGCUGCGGCUGCCGCUCGUGCUGGAUGGGUGAACGCGGGGAAGGAUAGGCUGGUGUGUGGUCUUUGUGGGGCUGCAUGGGUUGUCGCACCUCGCACGGGUAUGAGUCGGGAUGCAGGGAAUGCAUUGGUGGAGAGACAACGUAUCGGACUUGUUUCGAACCACAAGGAUGGGUGCCCGUGGAAGAAGCGACAAAGUGAUCCUUCAGUUUACCGUGUGCCGCUACAGUCGCCAGCUGCAAUGGCGCGCACGAUCCGCGACAUGGCCGUUCGCCUCGCACCACUAGUAAACGACGCCAUUGUGAAACACCCUUUGUCGAACUCCCAGCUCAAUAGUCUUCGAUCGACUCUCGCAACCCUUCCCGCCCCUACCCUUGUUGAUGCCUCGGAGAGCCGCAGGUCAUCCAUGGACAUGGAGACUGACCACACCGACAACCCUUCUUCCUCCUUGCCCUCAGAUACUGCAAUCCUCGUAGCACUCUUUGGCUGGUCUCCAGCCCCGCCGCAAGAACGCGCUCCGGAGCGCCCCCGCCCGUCCUCUCGUGCAGGUUCAGUGAAUGUCCUUCCCUCCAUCUCAAACCCCGGCACCCCACGCGCGAGCGUUGGCCCCGAGUCACGCGCAAGUUCUGUGGCUCCCAUGGCGAUGCCAACUACGCCGACGCUGCGCAGGGUUUCCUCGCGGCUCAGCUUUGUGGGAGGUGAAGAUGGCGUGCCGGCCACUCCCCCCAGCGGGCGUCUGUCUCAGCUCAGCAGCAUAUCCAAGGCGAACGCAGAAGGCGGGGACAUGAUCUACUGCGGGUUGUGUCAGCGCCGCGUCGGGCUCUGGGCAUUCGCGAAGCCUUCGGAGUCUCCGAGCACACCAAGAGCAUCCGGGGCGAGUGAAGAAAACGCCAUGGGGCCACCGCUACAGUCACACGCGCAGGCUCAGCACCGCCAACUGGACCUUGUGAAGGAACAUCGCACGUAUUGCCCUUACGUCGUCCGCUCGAGCGUCGUUCCUUCUCUUCCUAGCGCCGGUACCUCCGAUGCAAGUAAGCCCCUGCCCUCGUCUACGUCAACGACGAGCGAGCCUGGAGGUGCUGUCGAGGGCUGGCGCGCGGUCCUCGCCGUGGUGUUGAGGCAUGGACUGGGCGAGCGGCAGCGCAUGGCACGUGCGCGGAGAAUCUCGGCGAAGUUUACUGCUGGUGUCACGGCCGACGGCGCUGGUGUUGGUACCAAUGCUGGUACAGAUACGAUGAACAGAAUGAACGGGCACGCUGAGAAUGGGCGCAUCGAGGGGGCCACAGGUGAAAAUGAGGAUGAAGAAGGCCUCGAAGGUGUAGAAGCGAUUGUUGAAGGUGUGAAGCAACGUGGGGGGAAAGAACUACUGCGGUAUGUGAGGAGGCUGCUCGGCUGAUCCUGACGGUGUGCUCGCGGUGUCGAGACGGAGCAGGUCAAGAAGAUUUCACGAUUGCUCGCUUUUAUUCAGAACAGAAAGAACAUGGACUCUGCGCAUAUCCUAGACAUUAAAUUACUAAAUUGAAACAACACUCAAAUGCAUUUUCAUAGGACGUUGCAGCAGGGUACACAUCUGGUCACUGAUUGUGCAUAUCAAUGCAAAGCUGCACCAGCAC